AUGAGCUGGGGAUUCCUACGAGAUCUGCUGAGUGGAGUGAAUAAAUAUUCAACAGGAAUUGGAAGAAUUUGGAUAGCAAUUGUAUUCAUAUUACGCCUACUUGUUUAUGUUGUGGCAGCAGAAAAAGUCUGGAAAUAUGAACACAACGAAUUUGAAUGCAAUACUAAGCAGCCUGGCUGUGAAAACGUCUGCUUUGACCAUUUUUUCCCUGUCUCCCAGAUCAGGCUUUGGGCAUUGCAGUUAAUCAUAGUCUCCACUCCUUCACUCUUGGUUGUUUUUCAUGUUGCCUAUCGAGCGAAUAGGGAGAAACGAAACAACCAGAAGCUUUACAAAAGUCCAGGAAAAAUAGAUGGUGGAUUGCUGUGCUCUUACCUCAUCAGCCUCAUUUUAAAAACAGGAUUUGAAAUAGUUUUUCUUGUUCUGUUCUACAAAUUGUACAAUGGAUUCAAAGUACCACGUCUUGUGAAAUGUGAUAUGAGACCAUGUCCUAAUGCUGUAGACUGUUAUAUUUCCAAACCCACAGAGAAGAUGAUUUUCCUCUAUUUUCUUGUGGCAACUUCAGGUCUGUGCAUUGUAUUAAAUUUAAGUGAAUUGAGUUAUCUCAUUUUCAGAUACUCCAUAAAACAUUAUCUGAUGAGGUACAUCAAGAAACAACAAAGCUCAAAAAGUGAUUGCCACAAAUUAAGAACUAUUAGCCACAGCAGAACAGCCACUAGUGCAGAGAGAACCUAUGCCAUCAAUAGAAUACAACCAAUUAGUUUAUCUUUAAGAUCACAAUCUCACUUCCCUUUUGGAAAGUGCCCUGUUUAUUCAGUUUUAAAUGGUAUGGCAUAA